AUGGAACAGAGCGUGUACCUGUUAAAUCCGAGACCUUCAUCUGGCUGCGCUCAGGUGCUGUCCUACCCGGGGCACAGCCCCGUCACCAGCCUGGCCUGGGCUCCCAGCGGGGAGCUGCUGCUCUCGGCGUCACCGGUCGACACAGCCAUGCUGGUGUGGGAUGUGUCCACUGAAAACUGUGUCCAGCUGCAGUGGUUUGGGGGUGGUGGUGUCACUUACUUGGCUUGGUCACCGGAUGGCAGCAAGGUCCUGGCAGCCACUCCCUCCGCCGUGUUCAGAGUGUGGGAGGCUCAGAUGUGGACGUGUGAGCGGUGGCCCACCAUCAAAGGACGCUGCCAGACGGGGUGCUGGAGCCCUGACGGCAGCCGAUUGCUCUUCACGGUGCUGGGCGAGUCCGUCAUCUACUCCUUGUCCUUCUCAGAGUACCGGGGGGAGAUGCAAGGGCAAGUGGGGGGCUCGAAAACAGCUUCUAUCGUGGCAGAUCUGUCUGAGACCACCUUCGAGACGCUCUACGGGGAGGAGAGGUGGGUCUGGCUGUGACGCCUGGAAGGUGGAAGGGUGCACUCCAUGGUGUGGGACCCCACCGGUGAGAGACUCGCGGUGAUCAUCAGAGGACACGCCGACAUUCCCAGGAGCCAGACGGUCAUCGCUGUGUUCCGCACCCGUAACAGUCCCGUGUUUGAGCUCCUGCCGUG